AUGGCAGAUGAACUUCUGAAGGCUUUUACCCAGUAUGCUUUAAUGGAGGGUGGCACCACUGUCCUGUCCAUUGGUGGGCUGAAAAAUCUACUUCAGAAUCAAUUUGCACAGUACCUGAAGGAUUCAUUCUCACUUGAUAACAUAUUAAAAUCGUUGGACAAAAAUAAUGAUGGAAGUGUCAGCUUUGAUGAGUUUGUGAUGAUUGUAAAAAAGAUAACAGGACAGUAA